GAACCUGAGGGCCUCUCGGUCUAUAUCCGCUCAGAAGAGCUCGACUGCAGGGGCCCUGAUUCUCCGUGAGGAACGACCAAGACAUCUAAUAGGAUAGUCACGACUAGACACGACUCUGACGGGACCAGGAGAUCAUUCGUUUCUCUUCACCUCCAUCCCCUCGCUCAUCGCACCUUUUAAUUCCUUUCGUUCACCUACUUCGCUGCACAGUAUGUUUAUGAGAUUGCUGAAGGGUGCCGACUCGAUCCCGCCAGCACCAAAGCUUGGCAGACUAGAGCUGCCAGAUAUUGGGGAGGGGGAUGUAUACCACAUCUCUCCUUUACAAAUGUCAGCCGUGCUACAGGACUCGUCUUCGGAUGAUGAGGGCUCGACUUCUCCACUUUUACCCGUCGCGCCAUCACACAGGCCGUCCAGCCCCCAGACUGAGAUCCUGAAACCACGGCGCAAGAUAAGAAGCCCUCGCCCCGAUUCGCCACUGUAUCCGACCAGGCGUACCGUCUCAACGACCCAGCCCGAUUCCUCAGAUUGGAAGGCAGGCAGCGCACCAUCUACGCCAGAGGACAAGCUCAGUAGUAGCCGGCCUCUCACCCCGCAGCCUGGGGCUCCCGAAGCCAGAUCUGAUACAUCCACCCCCGCAAAGCCUUUGAAAGGCAUCUUGAAGCCUGCGCCCCCACUGCAACCAGUGACUCUUCACUGGCAGCUCCUGCCCUUCGAUCCAGCAUGGUCGAAAAAGAAAAUAUAUUUCGAUGUGGCGCGGCCGGUCCACUUCAUCCGCGACCACACGCAUAUGCCCCCAGUCGCGUUGACGGAUUUUGACCUGCUGAAGCCAGCGUCUGAAGUCCCGCUCACCAAGAUGGAUAUCCGCUGCUCGCAGCUGCCACACUGGGACAUCUUUGUCAAGCCAUCGAUCCCUGGAGGUAUCCGGUGCAUUGACGUCUACGAUGCGAUAUAUCAAACGUUCCAUUGCAAGCUGACGACGAUAGAGAAGGAUUAUUACAUCCCCUCGGAGCGCCGCACUAGAUGUGAGGCACAGUUCCGCAGGCGAUGCAGGGAGUCGCCCGCCCUGGAGGCUGUUGAGCUCCGAGAUGGGAUGCGGCGGGUCGACCUGCUAGAGGGGCGGACGAUAUUCAUGGGUCUUAGGCGUCCUGUGGACACCGAUGACAAGCCAGAUAGCUACUGGGUGCUCGAUCUCGGGCUCCCAAACGACUCCCGCAAAUGACGGCAACGAUAUCUUAUUCUCUCAUACGUAUUGUAUUCUCGCCACCUGUCACGGACUGGACUGGACUGGAUCCUCAUCCCUACUCGC